GGAAGCCCCCGCCUGGCUGCGGAUUGGCCACAGUGGAUGGCUUGAAAUGUGGCUGAGCGCUUCGGACACCUCAGACGGACGGUGGCCACCCCAAGACGCGCCCCAGCCCGCCAUGGCCCGGAUCCUCCGGGCAUCCUGCCUUCUGUCCCUGCUCCUGGCCGGGUUUGUUCCGCCGGGCCGGGGACAAGAGAAGUCUAAGACAGACUGCCAUGGCGGUAUGAGUGGUACCAUCUACGAGUAUGGAGCCCUCACCAUCGAUGGGGAGGAAUACAUUCCUUUUAAGCAGUAUGCAGGCAAAUAUAUCCUCUUUGUCAACGUAGCCAGCUACUGAGGUCUGACAGACCAAUACCUUGGGUUUCUGGGUAGCCCUGGCUGUCCUCAGACUUGCUCUGUGGACCAAGAUGGCCUCAAACUCAGGUCUGCUUGCCUCCUAAAUGCUGAGAUCAAAGAACUGAAUGCACUACAAGAAGAACUUGGGCCAUUUGGCUUGGUCAUUCUGGGCUUCCCUUCCAACCAAUUUGGCAAACAGGAGCCAGGCGAGAACUCGGAGAUACUCCCCAGUCUCAAGUAUGUUCGACCAGGUGGGGGCUUUGUGCCUAAUUUCCAGCUCUUUGAGAAAGGAGAUGUGAACGGGGAGAAAGAGCAGAAAUUCUACACUUUCCUGAAGAACUCCUGCCCUCCCACUGCAGAACUCCUGGGCUCACCUGGCCGCCUCUUUUGGGAACCCAUGAAGAUCCAUGACAUCCGCUGGAACUUUGAGAAGUUCCUGGUGGGGCCAGAUGGCAUACCGGUUAUGCGCUGGUACCACCGGACCACAGUCAGCAACGUCAAGAUGGACAUCCUGUCUUACAUGAGGCGGCAGGCAGCCCUGAGCGCCAGGGGGAAGUAACUGAUGCCCCCACCCUACCCCUACCCCCUGCCCAUCAUGCAAGGGCCGAGGAGGGGCUCUUCAGGAAGGAAGCCACAUUCCCAGUCAUUCUACCCCCACCCCAGAUUCUCUUUCUUAUUACAUAAAAGACAAGCCUGGCACAACUGUGUGUCUGAACCACUGUGGACACGUGACAAUUGUCCCAGUGUGUGCAUGGCUACACAGCCACGUAUCUGCCUGCUUGAAACCCAGGGAUGGUCCAUCUGUGUUUACGGCUUGGCACAACACCCUCAUAUUUUUUUCAGCUUUCUGUUCCAAAUGAGCCCAAAGGAAACACAAGUUCUAGGUCCAAUGGUUCUGCUCAAACCUGAACAUCAUUCUUGGGGCCAGCAUCUCCCACAUGCCCACACUACACACCACCAGCCUCCUUCUUCCUUCCUGAAGGACCCUCCUGAGCCCCCAAGCCCAUCCCACAGUGCUCCUGAGACCAGCCAAGACAACUGUGAGCGCGAUGGCCGUGUACCCCAGGUCAGGGGUGGUGUCUCUAUGAAGGAGGGGCCCGAAGCCCUUGUGGGCGGGCCUCCCCUGAGCCCGUCUGUGGUGCCAGCCCUUAGUGCAUUCAGGCUUAGGCUCCCAGGCAGGGACACUACCCCCGCGCCUCUGGAGGACAUGCUAUCCUCUCACUCUGUCCACUGGUAUCUCAACACCCCCAUCUGCCCAGUAAAGGUCUUUCUGCAGCAGUUCAGCCUA